GGCCGCCGGGCGAGGCUCCGCCAUUUGGGGCCGAGGUGCGGUCCCGGGCGCCCGGUGGCUUCCCGGCGGGGGCUGGCCGGCGUCGAGGCCAUAUAUAGUAUGUUUGGGGCGCCCGUUACCAUUAUUCGAGGCGGUUUGGGCGUUGGGAAGAAGGUCUUGAAAUGGUGCUGAUGAGAGGGGUUGGGAAGGCAGGAGAUGGGUGUAGUCGGGGUUGGGUUUUUUUGUGUUUCUUUUUCAGUUUUGCCCCCCUGAGAGACCUGGGAACGCUGUGGAGAGCCCUGAAGAAGUACAUCACUUCUGGGGUUCCUCUUCCACAGUAUCUGGUGAAAGAUGAAAAAAAUGAACUGUAAGCAGCAGGAGAGCAACUGUCCUUUGGAUUGGGGAAUUUUCUGUUUUCUCCAGCCUCUUGUUUCAAGCAGAAAAUGCUGGGACAGAAGAGAUGAGUACUCCCUUUACUAAGGCCUAAAACUGCCUGUUGAAAAACAAUCCUGACCAGGCAAUAUACGAAUGGCCCAAGGAAGCCAGCAAAUUGAUAUUCAGGUUUUACAUGACCUGCGACAGAAGUUUCCUGAGGUACCUGAAGGUGUUGUAUCCAGAUGCAUGUUACAGAAUAACAAUAAUUUGGAUGCCUGUUGUGCAGUUCUGUCUCAGGAGAGCACAAAGUAUCUCUACGGUGAAGGAGACCUAGGUUUUUCGGAUGAUUCUGGGAUUCCUGGACUACGAAAUCACAUGACUUCUCUUAAUUUGGAUUUGCAGUCACAGAAUGUGUAUCACCAUGUAAGAGACGGAAGUAGAAUGAAUGGAAGUAGGACUCUAGCUCACAGCGUUAGCGAUGGACACCUUCAAACCAGUCAGCCCAGCAAUGAACUAUUUCAGCAGGAACCACAGACGGCACCUGCGCAGGUUCCACAAGGAUUUAAUGUCUUUGGAAUGGCUAAUACAGUUAGUGCUUCUAAUCCAGGGCAACACCUCGGAUUUCACCUAGGCAGCAAAGGAGUAUCUAACUUGUCUCAACAAACACCCAGAUUCAACCCCAUUAUGGUAACUUUAGCCCCAAACAUUCAGCCUGGCCGCAAUACCCCUACGUCUUUGCACAUACAUGGUGUACCUCCUCCCGUACUUAACAGUCCACAGGGAAAUUCUAUCUAUAUUAGGCCUUAUAUCACAGCUCCUAGUGGUACAACUCGACAGACGCAGCAGCAGCCAGGCUGGGCAUCUCAGUUUAAUCCUAUGCACCCUCAGCAAGUCUACCAGCCUUCGCAGCCAAGUCCUUGGACUACUCUUCCUACAUCCAGUUCUACGCCACAUACCUCAUCGCAACACUCAACGCAGCCAAACCAGCAAGGCCACCAGACUUCUCAUGUCUAUAUGCCUAUCAGUUCUCCUACUACUCCACAAGCACCUAUGAUUCAUUCAUCUGGUAGCUCUCAGUCUUCUGCUCAUAGCCAAUACAACAUUCAGAAUAUAUCCACAGGACCUCGCAAAAACCAAAUUGAAAUCAAACUUGAACCACCGCAAAGAAACAGUUCCUCUAAGUUGCGCUCAACUGGCCCUCGCACCUCCACUACUCCCUCUUCCCUCAACAGCCAGACAUUAAGUAGAAGUCAGCCCACUGUUUACAUAUCGGCCAGUCCUCCAAAUACUGAUGAAGUGAUCACACGUGGUCAGCCUAAGGUCUACAUUUCAGCAAAUGCCACAGCAGGAGAUGAUCAAGUUGUACGGAACCAGCCCACGCUUUUCAUAUCGACAAAUCCUGGAGUAUCUGCCACUUCUAGGAAUAUGUCUGGUCAAGUAAGCAUGGGUCCUGCAUUUAUUCAUCACCAUCCACCCAAGAGUCGAGCAGUGGGCAACAGCACCACUGCAACCUCUCCUCGAGUGGUGGUUACGCAGCCUAACACAAAAUAUACUUUUAAAAUUACAGUUUCUCCAAAUAAGCCCCCUGCAGUUUCCCCAGGGGUAGUCUCCCCAACCUUUGAACCUACAAACCUUCUAAACCUUCCCGAUCACUAUGUUGAACCAGAGGGUAUCCAGCAUCUUACUGACCCUGUUUUAGCACAUGUGGAUAGGAUCAGUGAUGCACGGAAAUUGAGUAUGGGAUCUGAUGAUGCUGCCUACACGCAAGCUUUACUGGUACACCAGAAGGCCAGGAUGGAGCGACUUCAACGAGAACUUGAGAUUCAAAAGAAAAAGUUGGAUAAACUAAAAUCAGAGGUCAAUGAAAUGGAGAAUAAUCUGACACGAAGGCGGCUGAAAAGAUCGAAUUCUGUUUCCCAAAUUCCAUCACUGGAAGAAAUGCAACAGUUAAGAAGUUGUAACAGACAGCUGCAGAUAGACAUAGAUUGCCUAACCAAAGAGAUUGAUCUUUUUCAAGCAAGAGGACCACAUUUUAAUCCCAGUGCUAUUCAUAAUUUUUAUGAUAAUAUUGGAUUUCUUGGUCCGGUGCCACCAAAACCCAAAGAUCAGAGGUCCAUUGUGAAAACACCAAAGACUGUUCCAGACACAGAUGAAGAUGAGGGAGCUCAGUGGAGUUGUACUGCCUGUACUUUUUUAAAUCACCCGGCCUUAAAUCGUUGUGAACAGUGUGAAAUGCCCAGGCAUUUCUGAGCCAACAGGCCCGUUAUCUUUUGUAAAACCACAGCAAACGUACAAGGAACUAUCCAGUCAUUGGGGGGCAUAAAAAGCAUAUAUGUGUAGGAUUUUGUAAAAUUGAAGGUGUGACGAGAUGGUGUUUUGCUAAUGUUAAAUGUCAGCCCACAGAGUUAGUAAUACCUCAGUGUUGUGUCACAGGCAGUUGAAACUCAUCGGCUGAAAGGUAAUCUGCUGAAAGACUCGGUUGCCAGCUGCCUAAACCAUGUGCAGUAUUACCAGUAUCCCGGUAACACGCCGUGUUCAGUGCUUGGGUGUUGCCCAUCCUCUUCUCUGCCCCGAUGUCACUACUGAAUUUUGACAGGGGAAAGGAACAGAGUGCUAGCGUUUUUUGUUUUCGGAGCUUUCAGUGAAACACUACAUGCACAGAGGAAAUCUAAAAGGAACAAGGUUUAACUAUUUAAACUGUUUGCUGCCACAUAGUGCCUUUGAUAAAGGGAGGAAUUUCACAAAACAGUGGUACUCUUUGCCUUGUCUUCCCUGAAAACAUCUCUGUGAAGCCAGAAAUCAGUACAAUCACAUCUAAAGAUGAAAAGGAAAAACUGCAUGCGUUGUCUGUACAAUACACAGUGAAAUACCCCAAAGCUUUUCCUACUGUACAUAGCUCUAGAGCCUGCUUUAAGUGAUUUCUUUUCUUCACCUUUAUUAUUUUCUUGUACUUCUGUAUGUAUAGUGUAAUAGUCUUUUUGUUAACUUUUUUUCCCUUUAAGUGAUUAAGCACGAUCAUGUCCCUUUUUUUAAGCUUUUAUCUGAGAGAAGCAAUGCCUUAAAAUAAGAGCAUUAAUAAGAAACUAUGCACAAAAUAGCUUUCCUCUGCUCAUUCUGUACAUUGCUCUUGUAAAUGCUGAUGAUCUGUGAAGACCUGCAGAUGCAGCGUGGUAAAAAUGCAGGAAAAGUUGGAAGAGUUAUGCAUAUAGUUCACUCUGUACACUGAGUUUUACGGUGGGUGACACAAGGUAGCAUUUUGUCUGGCAUGAGGAAACUUUUUAAACUAAAACUUUUCAACCCACCAACAGAUCAGCAUCCGAGUUAAGCUUGCUUCAUCUGCUGGGUAUCUUGCAGACUCCUGAGGAGAGAUUCGUUGGGGAAGUACACACAGUGCCAAAAUCAACAGCAGCAGCAUCAUACAGCUUUGUUCAAGAACUUUAAAUGCUUUCCUGUUUUGGCAGCCAGUUUCUAAACCCGACUUUGUGGUGAAGUCUCAUAUUUAUAGAAAACAAGGAUAGCAAUAUUUAGGACAACUGAAAUAAAGGCUGGAAAAGAGAAAUCAAACAGACUUGAACACUGAAGCAACCUCAAGCAUCUCUUUAUGUUGAUGAUCUAUUUUUUUAAGGAAAAUACUCACGUGAUCAGGAAUGUAUCUAACAGAUCAAGGAAAUGGAAUUACAGUGCAGUGUGUAUGAAAGACAGCACACAUCAUGUAGCAGCACUUAGAGUGAGGCUGGAGGGAGUGCUAACAAUGUAGCAAGAGACAAAGUAGACUGUCACCCACUGUAAACAUUUGCCAGUGGACAUUGUCAUUAGGAAUUUUACAAGUGAUCUAUGUGAAUGCACAAAGGCCUUUGUUUUGAAGGCUUUGCAUUUUUUUUAUGUGGGAAGAAAAUGCCAAUCCCAGGUAAUUAGGCAGUAGACCCAAAGCACUUGCAUUCAAUGCAUUUUGUUUAUAAAAUGAGGCCUUGUUUUUCAGCUUCAUCUGCAGUUCUAUGUGAAGAUUGACAAAUCAGUUUUUACCUGUUUAUUAAUAAAACCUAAUUUGGAUAUCUUGAGUUGAUGGUUUUGUGAUUUAGCUGGGUAAACUGUCUUUGUAACAGAUAAGUUAUUUAUAAAAAUUAAAAAAAAAAUUAUAUUCUAAUGUUUGUUUUUGUGAUUUGUUUACUUAUUCCAUGCUGUGGAGUAACAGAAAAGUCAACAGAGCAAUAAGUAUUAGCAGUAUUAAAAACAGGCUGAUUUCUUAUGACCACAGGUUUUAUGUAAGCCUUUGAUUUGUUGAAUCUUGUAUCUUGACUCCCAUGUAUUGUCCAUUUUAAUGGGGGCAGGAGGGAUAAUCCGUACGCUUUAAGGGUAUAUGACUUUUAAAAUAUUUUUCUAAUUCAGAAUGAACAACCACUUUGUCCAAGGUAAUAUAUGAAAUACUUUGUGUAUUAAGGAUUGAUAUGCUUAAGCUGUAUUUUGUUGCAAUGUAUAUUAUAACAGAUGUGGAUGUGGAGUGUUCCUGGACAUGUCUUUCCCACUUGGACCCUGUCUAGACAAAUACUUGGUAUAUGGUACGUGGGCUUUCCUGAGACACAGUGAUGCUGUGCCAAAAACAUUCAUUAAUAUAAAUCGAUUAGCUGGAUUGCCUCGAUCCACCAUGUGUAAAAUAAUGCUUGGAGCGAGGAGGGCAGUAAUUUAAAAAAACAAACGAACAAAAUUCAAAAGUCUAAUCUCAGCUGUGAGUGGAAAAAGCAUGUUGGGAAAUAGGUGAAAAGGAAUUCUGUUCAUCCUACUAAAUGCUUAACUGAUUAUUUCUCUGCACUUAUCUUACUGCUUAUUUUCUGGGAGGAAAAUAAAAAGUCUGUUUACAUUGGAACUCCAGCUAGCUCUGCUAGCCAUCAGCACAUUAGUAUAAGAGUGUAUCCAGCAGCAUUUUCAGUACCUGAUCCUGGGAUAGAGGGACAAGAGAAAUGACAUCUCCAGUGUCUUCUAUUCCACAGACUCUUACCUUCACCCUCAGGGGUUUGUGUGCUUUCUGUAUUUCAUGUUAUGUAUGCCAUUAGCUCUUGCCUUAAACUGAUAACACUAUAUAGACAUAUCAGUAUUAUAUUUUUCAAGGGUAGGAUUUUAAGGGUGUAAGCUUCGAAGGCUGAAGUAGAACCAGAUUUCACUGCUGAAUUUUCCCCUUUUCCUCCUAGAAGAUAAAUAUGAAAGAUUGGGUGCAGUGAGGUUAAUCUUCAUCUCACGAGCAUCAGUAGUUCAUCGUGGAUACUGAUUUAGGAUUUUACAUUUCUGUAAUGUCUUUGGCAGGGAUGUCUGUAAUUGUGAAAACAAAUAGAUGAAAUUCUUUAGCAGAAAGAAAGUAGACUUCUUGGCUUUUAUAGAUGCUCCUGUUUAUUUUUCGUGACUGAAAUAUUCAUCAUUUGGUCAAACUUCAAAAUGAAGGCAACAAAACUGAGACUAAGAAUGGUAACUGGGGUGCUGGUGCAUGUCAGUUCUGUGGAACUGGUUUCAGUUCAUGUUGCUGGCUUUCUAGGCAAGUUAGAAACUGCAUUUUUCUUCUGCAGUCUCCAGUCAAUAGAGCUAUGUUGCCCAGGAGUGUGGUGAUAUUUCAGAUUAAUUGUGAGAUUGGGUAUCAUCUGUCUCACCUAAUGAUUUUAAAACUGCAUGACCAAUAUUUGUGCCUGUCUGUUUGUAUUUGUUUUAUUUUUGUGAAUUUAAGAAUCUAUUUUUAAUCUUGAAAUACAUACCUUCAAUGUAUAUUGUAGACGCCCAGGGAGAAUACAUUUUCCAUUUUAAGGAAAGUAUCGUUAUUAGUGCUGCAUUUCUUGAAUCAAAUUCCUCUACUUUGUAUGUACAUUGGAGCCCGGAUACAAAUUAAAGGAAGAGUUGAUUAAAGAUGUUGAACAAGCGUAUUUAAAAAACAGGUGUGUUUAUGUAUAUAAAAAUCUAUUAUCUGCCCUUUUCAGUAUAUAUUGAUAUUCUAAAAUUGGAGUAUUGCUAAAAUCAUGGCAGAAAUUUUGCAGUACAGUUAAUCAACAGGAUCUUUAGUGACUCUUGUGAAGCCAUGGUAACUCUUACUAAUAUUUAGUUCUAAUUUCAGAUAGCAUGGUAAUGCUUUGACUUACUUAUCUUUUAUUGAUUGUUCAAAAAAUACCUUUCCGUGUAAUGUGAACAGAAAACACAAUAUUAGUUUUAAAUUUCUGAUUCAUUCUAGAAAGUAUAAUGAUUGCAGUGCAUUCCUUUAUCCAACCUUGACUAUGCUUGAGUAGGUUUUUUGUUCCUAGUUUUUAGGGACAGUCUUUGAUUUUACGUAGUCCAAUGUGCCUCAUGAGGUCUAUAUUUUGUGCAAACUACUUAAAAAUUACUGGAGAAUGAGAGAACAGGAGUUAGUAUUAAAUGUUUGAGGGCUUCAGGCUCCAUGAUGAACUUAAGUGCUGUAGAAACAUUUGACAGUGGUGAUGAGCAUCAAGAACGAUGUGAUCUGACUAAAUUUCAGCCUUUUUUUAUUGUGAUACAAUUCUCAAUACUUCUUGUUUUUCUGUGAUCAAACAAUUGUGCAUCAGUGAUGUGCUUGUUACCUAGAGUUUCUCAGGUGCUACCACCUUGAGGGGCAGCGCUGGUAGAACUCACAGAAACGUUUGUUCCAGCUGGACUUUAGACAUCUUAAUUGCCAGCAGUGCAAGUGGGUACACAAAUGUGCAGUAAUGAAUCAAAAUAUGACAAUCUCAGGCCAGUAUAACAAUGCUGCAGGCAUAAUCUUAGCUGAAUAUUCUUUCCAGAGUUCUGUUCUCUUCAUUGAUUUUGGAGAAGACUGAGAGGGGAUCUUAUCAAUGUAUACAAGUAUCUGAAGGGAGGGUGUCGAGGAUGGGGACGGAUUCUUUUCAGUGGCGCCCAGCGACGGGACAAGAGUCAACAGGCACAAACUGAAACACAGGAGGCUCUGGCUGAAUGUGAGGAGACAUUUCUUUACUGUAGGGGCAACAGAGCACUGGAACAGGCUGCCCAGAGAGGUGACAUCUCCCUCUUUGGAGAUAGUUAAAACCCGCCUGGAUGCCAUCCUGUGUAAUGUGCUCUAGGUGAUCCUACUUGGCAGGGGGGUUGGACCAGAUGGUCUCCAGAAGUCCCAUCCAACCUCAACCAUUCUGUGAUCUUAAGUUGCAAGUGUCUGCCUGUAGUCACCUGGAACUUUAAGCCAAAAUGUUUGAUUUAUAUACAUGGGUUUGAAAUAUGGGCAUACUGGAAAGGGUCCAGCAAAGGGCCACAGGGAUAAUGAAGGGAUUGGAGCACCUCUCCUGUGAGGCAGGCUGAGAGAGCUGGGACUGCUCAGCCUGGAGAAGAGAAGGCUCGGGGGGAUCUCUUCAGUGUAUGUAAACACCUGAAGGUGGCAUGCAAAGAGGACAGAGUCAGGCUCUUUCUGUGGUGCCCAGACCCAAGACGGGGCAAUGGGCACAAACUGGAGCACAAGAGGUUGGUUCCCUUUGAACAUCAGGAAGCACUUCUUUACCAUGUGGGUGAUGGAGUGAUGGAACAGGUUGUCCAGAGAGGUUGUGGAGUCUCUCCGCUUGGAGAUCUUCAGAAGAUGCCUGGACAUGGUGCUGGACAGCCUGUUCUGGGUGUCCCUGCUUAAGCAGGGGUUUGGACCAGGUGGCCUCCAGAGGUUCCUGCCAACCUUAGCCGGUCUGCAGUUCUGUGUGAUUCUGUUCAAACUGCAUAUUGUGUGCAAGUUCAUUAUAAAUAAUAAUAAAACACUGCCAUAUUGCAUGUGAGUGCACACUUUGUAGGAGAAAAGUAGCAUAUCAAUUUGCAUAUGCUAACUGUACUACACAAAUAAGCAAUUUGAGAUGCUUGUAUAAACCUAGUCCUGUUUUUUUAUGGAUGUGUAUUCUGUUAAAGGUUUUAUAUUCUGUGAUUGUGUGCUGUUUUUCCACACUGUUUACAGGAGCGUAGUGGCAAUACAAUUCUGAUGUAGUUGAUUUGGUAACAAACGGAGGAAAUGUAUAUUGAGCAUUUUAAUGUGUGUUUGUCUUAAUAUUGUCUUAAUUGACACUCAGCAACCAUACUCUGCUUGUGACUGAUAAGAUUUGCCUAAAUUCAACUUUCUUUUACAAUCGAGAGUCAGAGCUGAGAAAAGAGGUGAUGGAGACGUGGAGGAAAAGAAUAAGGAAUCUUGUGUCCUUUGUUCUUCGUAUGUGAAAAUAUGUGGUGUUUGCACCCUGCUGCAAAGCACAAACUCAGAUGUGGAAAGCAUAAGUCCAGAACCUCAGAGGUGAAAAGGCUGUAAAUAAUCAGGGAAUAUAGUGUACAUAGCGUACAUAUGUAUGUACAUGUAACAUAGACUGUGAAGUCAUUUUGUGUGCUUGGUCUGAAGUGGCGAUAAUUCAAAAGUCUGUUGGUACCAGUAAGUGGAUUUAUCACAUCAUGGAGCCAGUCAUUUAGGAGGAUUCAUUAUUUUCAAGGUGGUUGAUUGAGCUGAUUGAUGUGUUUAAUGCUCCUGGGCAAAAUGACCACAUACGUUUUGGGUAGAGAUGUACAAUAUUUCUAUUUCUUAGCAGACUUCUACAAUACAAUGCUAAGUGAGGUCAGCAGAAGAGAGGAUGGUAAAGUUAGGGAACAGCAACAUCAGAAUAUUCUAUUUCUAUGUAUUUUACAGGAAGGGAUGGCCAGCUUGUCAGACCCACUUGCGAGACAGCAUUGUGCCCUGUCCAGGUAGGAGGUACCCAAAACCAGUUUAACACAAAACUCCUUACUGUUACCAAACAGACGUGCAGGUGUCCCUGUUACAUGUCUGCUAUGACAGCAAAGUGUCCAUCACCCACUGGGGUUUCAAGUUCCACAUGUUUGGUGAUGUGCCAAGGAAAGGUUCACAAGAUCCUCCUAAAAAUGGGUUAGUGGGCAGCAAGCCCCCAGAACGCCUCGUAGGGCUGGUAAGGAAUAGUGGCCUGCAGGUGAAAUGGGGUACUCUGAUGGUACUCUGAUCCUACAGGUUCAGAGGUUGGAUGCUUCCUUAAAGUACACACUUUAUGGUCACAAAAGGAAGGCUGAUGCGUCAUUAAUCAUGGAUUAGCUUUUUAUGAUCCUCCCACAAUAGCAAACUUACAAAUGUGUUGGUUUCUCAUUAAGGUAGUAAGCCUAGAAGUGAGCUCUAAAUGGAGAUUAGUGACUAUUGAUCCCUUUUCCUGAUGUGACAGGAAACGUGUAUCUUAAAGGAUAAGAGGUUUAAUGCUUGUUUGGAGUAAAAACUUGAUCAGGAAAAUUACCAGACUAAAAACUUCAAAUAAGUAACUUAAUAAUGAUUUUAUGCUUAUAUUAAUCUAAGAUGAUAAGAAAAGCUUGUGUGGACAGAACAUCUCUAACCAGAAAGCAAAAGAGAAGAAAAAGAUACUACUUCAUUUACAAAUGUUGCUUCACUCAUGGUAGUAACUCUGCAUUUCUGUAAGUCUCUGGCAUUUGGGGUGGCACUUCUCUGGUUUUAUUAUUUUAAUAUUUGAUUUAUCUAUCUGGGGUAUAAUGUAACUGGACAGAUGUAAAAACAACAAAGAAACCCACGAACUCUUCUUAAUUUAUCAUCUUCUCCAACAUUCAAUUUCUCAUUUUUUCCUUCUGUUGUUUAGGGUUUGUGUGAUUAUUUUUGUGUUAGUUGCAUUUCCAGGGUGAUUUGCUUAGUCUUCUAGUAUUGCAGCAGAGACUUACUGUCACCCAGUCUGGGAAGCUGC